AUGCAUGAAACCAUAGCAGUGAAUGGGUGCCCAGAUUUCUGUGCCAGGGCCACUGCAAAGUUAUUCUCGUGUCUUUUUGCAGCUAGUGAAGGUCAUUCCCAUCCUCAAGUAGUGGAGCUACCAAAGACUGAUGAGGGCCUUGGCUUUAAUGUGAUGGGAGCAAAGGAGCAAAAUUCCCCCAUUUACAUCUCUCGCAUCAUUCCUGGAGGGGUGGCUGAAAGACACGGAGGCCUCAAAAGGGGAGACCAGUUGCUGUCAGUGAAUGGAGUGAGUGUGGAAGGGGAACACCAUGAGAAGGCAGUUGAACUACUCAAGGCAGCUAAGGAGAGUGUCAAGCUGGUGGUCCGCUACACACCCAAAGUGUUAGAAGAGAUGGAGGCCUGCUUUGAGAAGCUCUGGACUGCCAGGGGCCAGCAGCAACAGCAGCUGUUGAUUCAACAACAGCAGCAACAGCAAUAG